CAAAAUGCAGCGUUUUUGCUCAAGGAAUAAUUUGCUUCUUGCAAAUCUUGGAACAAGGGGAAUACUUAGAAAUGUCACAGCAGCUACAUCGUCGGAAACAUAUUUGAAAAUAAGUGAUAAUCAAAAGAAUGUGGAACCAGAAUCAUACGUUGUUCCGUUCGCCAAAGCCAGGAUAGGAAACUUCUUCCAAGAGAAACCUUCUCUUGGAAAUCAUUAUCGAGAAGAUCACGCGCUGCAGUCAUAUUUAAAGAGGCACAUACCCUCUGAUAUUUUCACUUCUAAAGUGGAACCUGACUUACACAAAUUUGGCCAGAGAGUAACAUCUGAAAUUGUUGACCUUGGUCAACAAUGUGACACAGAGUUGCCGUAUGUCGAACACUUUGACCCUUGGGGCCAACGGAUUGAUCGCCUUGUCACAUGUCCAGCGUGGAAUAAGUUGCAUGACAUCUCUGCAGAAGAAGGGAUCAUCUCUAUAGCCUACAACAGGGAAAUCAAGGAGUACAGUCGUCUCCACCAGAUGGCGAAAGUGUACCUGUUUGCCUCAUUUUCGGGUUUAUAUUCAUGUCCCAUAGCUAUGACAGAUGGGGCAGCUAAAAUAGUAGAGAAUUUAACAACAGAGUACCCAUGGUUGAAGGAGAGGGCCUUUGGACAUUUGACCAGUCGCCAGCCUGGUCAGUUCUGGACCUCAGGACAAUGGAUGACGGAGAGAAAGGGUGGAUCUGAUGUAGCUAAUGGUACAGAGACAAUUGCCAUACCACAAGACGAUGGAAGCUUCCGUCUCCAUGGUUACAAAUGGUUUUCCUCUGCAACUGAUGCUGACAUCACAUUCACAUUAGCUAGAGUUGUCGGGAAGGAUGGACAAACUACAAAGGGGACACGUGGAUUAUCACUAUUUUAUGUAGAAGUUCACAAUGUUGAUGGAAGUCUAAACAACAUACAGAUACAGAAAUUGAAGAAUAAGCUGGGGACAAAACAAGUUCCCACAGCCGAGCUUCUCCUUGAUGGCACUGUUGCUCAUAAGGUGUCAGAUGAAGGUCGAGGUGUGGCAUCCAUUUCAAGUAUGUUGACGUUGUCAAGGAUACACAAUGCUUUGGCAUCAGCUUCAUCAAUGAGAAGAAUGGUCAACACAGCAAGAGAUUACAGCACUCGUCGGUCAGCCUUUGGAAAUGUUCUGAAGAGUUAUCCUCUACAUAUACAGACUCUGGCUAGACUGGAGGUUGAAGUUAGAGGUGCCUUAUUACUUACUCUUGAAGCAGCCAGGUUGUUAGGGAGGGAGGAUGUUGGAAUAGCCACUGAGCAUGAGCAGAUGUUAUUAAGGCUUUUGACUCCUUUGGCCAAACUUUACACAGCAAAGCAGGCGAUGUCAGUCGUUUCUGAAGGCCUGGAAAGCUUUGGAGGGCAGGGCUACAUUGAGGAUACAGGGUUACCUGGCUUACUAAGAGAUUCUCAGGUACUGCCUAUAUGGGAAGGUACGACCAACGUCCUUUCGCUUGAUGUACUUAGAGCUCUUAUGAAGACCAAUGGUGGAGUACUCAAGGUCUGGCAUGAUAAUAUAAUUUACAGAAUUGAAUCUGCUGGUCAACACCAGGAACUCUCACAUGCAGCAGAAAAGGUCACCAAGUGCGCCUCAUCUGUUGUUGACUUUGCUAAAACACAUUCAGAUGUAUUGGACAAUGCAGCUCGAGAUUUUGCCUACAGUUUGUCAAGGACGUUUAUAGGUGCCUUGCUGGUACAGCACGCUGUAGAAGCUGGAUCGGACCCAACAGACAUCUACGCAGCACAAAGAUGGUGCGAGAAAGAUUUGACUCCAGUGAUUACGAACCAGAACAGACGACAUUUUUCCUCUGAGAGCACUGAUCUUGACUUCCAACUGCUGUUCAAAAAUUACCACGAUAGAAGUCGACUAUAAAUCACGGUCACUUGUAGACGACAAUGAUUCUGAAGGCAGAGUUGAAAAAUUUGAUUUCAUAAGGACAAUCAUUGGAAUUACGUUAAACAUAUAGGGCAAAAUUGAAUUUUUGAUUAGAUUUUUAAAAUUACUGAAACAUUUUGCCUGAAAUAUCUAUUAACAUGUAGUGUGUGUUUAUUUUGUGGUUUUGUUUGAUGCAAUGAAUAAUUUCUGAAACAAAGGUAUUUAUGGUGUAAAAAGAACAUAAGCGGUUCUUGUGUUCAAAUGCACCACCAGAACAUGAAGGUUUGUAUUGAUGAAAACAAUGGUGAGCUAAAAAAAACCGAAGAUGAUGUCAUGAUGAACACGUGGAAUAUAUUUGGGCCUCCUUUGCAGAACAAUAUACCUGACACAGACUUUUGUAAACAGAUAAAAUUCUCACGUACAGAUGACCCAAAAUCCGGAUAAGCCAGUUUUUGUAGAUGUGUAGUCAAGGGUAAUGUACAUAUUUAGUUUAGUUGAGUGUUUCUCAGCAGAAAUAUCAGUCAGUUACAUAUCUGAGACCUGCUAUUGUAUUGUAAUUUAUCAAUCUGACCAGUUGAACCAAGAAUGUUCCAUCCCGAAAUAUGGACAAACCUACUGAUUUCAUUUUGCUCUUUGAUGAGCCUCGAAAAAAAGCUUUUCAAAGCCUUUCAAAUAUCUUUCAGGUCUGUUCCAAUUAAAGGCUGAAGGAUUAUAUUUGAAUUGAUGAAGAAGCAGGUUUUCCUUGUGAAACAAAUCAGCCCAGAACAAUGGGAAACUGACUUUUUACUAGACAAAUGUAAAAUACAUGAAGUGGAAACUGACUUUUUACUAGACAAAUGUAAAAUACAUGAAGUGAAAACUGACUUUUUACUAGACAGAUGUAAAAUACAUGAAGUGAAAACUGACUUUUUACUAGACAAAUGUAAAAUACAUGAAGUGAAAACUGACUUUUUACUAGACAAAUGUAAGAUACAUGAUGUGAUUGAAUACCUGGUACGAAAAUAUAUUAAUGAGUGAACAUUUAAAACAAAUUUUUAUAUGCUGUGUGCCUUAAUCGUGUGAUUUUUAUUUGUUUUGUUUUGACAGCGAAGUUGGAAUAAGAAUUUGACAUAUUUUUGUGACAAAGUGCUUCCCAAUUUUCAUUCACGAGACAAUAGAUUGAUCUACUGUAUUAAGUUUAUGCAUCAUAUUGCAAAUUUAGAGAUUGAGUGAUAAAUUUUGUUGUGUAAUUGAUGUAUUUGCAUACUUCCCUGAUAAUAACAAUAGGAAGAUUUUAUGUACCUCUUCCAUUUUAUUUUACGAUGAGGAUGGGACAUUGGUAACGGCCAUCUGGUGUCCACCCAUUCUGUCCCUUUGUGCUGGGAUCAGGUUCUGAAUCAAAUCAACCUUCAGAAGUUGCUCAACAGAUUUGAUACACAUUUAUUUUAUGGUAUCGUAACAUCAGGUUCUGCACCAUAUUGUAGUCAGGUGGUCAUUGGUUAAGGUUAAUGGGUCAAAGGUCACUUUUGACAACUUUUGCAAACUAAUUCAUUAAUAAUGCAUGGGAGAAGGGACAUUCAUGUCUUAAUGACAUAUUUUCUAGUUUAAUUGUAUUUUAAUUGCCAAACUUCAGACCUAGAUACACAGAUAAACUAUCUUUCUGAGACCAGUUUGCUAGCCCUUUAGCCAUUUUUAAUGGAACUUUAGUACCAUUUCUCUGUCAUCUAAACAUAGGGUGUUUAUCAUUAAACUAUAUUUGGUAAUGAACUUACCAUUGUUUAUCAUAGUAUUGGCCGUGUCUGGUAAUAAGCCCACCCUUGGCAAGUUUAUCUGUUAUUAUUUGGUAAUAAUCUUUCCAUUAUCAAAUACCUUUUAGCUGGCCUAUGUUUUUCUGAUAAUACGACCGUGUCUGGUAAUAAGCCCACCCUUGGCAAGUUUAUCUGUUAUUAUUUGGUAAUAAUCUUUCCAUUAUCAAAUACCUUUUAGCUGGCCUUUGUUUUUCCGAUAAUACGACCGUGUCUGGUAAUAAGCCCACCCUUGGCGAGUUUAUCUAUUAUUAUUUGGUGAUAAUCCUUUCAUUAUCUAAUACUUUUUAGCCCUCCUAUGUUUUUCUGAUAAUAUGACUGUCUGGUAAUAAGACCACCCUUGGCUGUUUCUGGUACAUCGUUAUAUUUAUCAUUGUACUAUGUUCAUACAUAAUUAUCCUUGAGCCCAUAUAUCUUUGUUACAUGCCUGGUAAUACAAAUACUCCACUUAUCUGUAGAUCCUUGUAUACUACGUUCUGUAAUAAGCCCAUGUCCUAGAGUUGGACAGUGUGUAUUGGUCUGCUAUGAUGAUUAUAUGAUAAAAAAGUCUGGCCAAUUAAUGCAGCUUGUAACAUAUGGAAUGUGAGUAGAACUUGGAACCUUUUUUAACUUAUUUAGUCUGCGAUAAUUUGAUAGUUUAGAAGCAAGUUAUUAAAAGAUCUGGCUCCGAUGAAUACUUUCAGGUCUAUUUAGAAAAAGAUAUAUGGACUUCGUAUAUUCCAAUCAGAGUAACUUGCUACAUUAAAAAUCAAAUUAAAUAUUCAUUUUGGGCUUUUUCAUUUAUUGUCAUGUAAUUCCCAAAGCCGUGUUGUCUAUUUCAUUUGUACAAUUCUUGUUACUGUUUUUGUGUUUGUUUUCAUAUUGCACAUAGGAAUACUCACUUGCCUGUGAUCAGUAUGGUAAUGAGAGGUGGAUAUGUCAAGUCAUUCUUGUAAUACCAUUUUCGAGCCAAUCACAAAUAUGUACUGUAAAAGAAUGAAUUUUCUUGCUUAAUCAGUUUUUGUUGAUUUCCUAAGUACUUUCAGUCCACGAAUUCAUAUGUCCACAAACUGUUAAAUUUUGUAUAAGAAGCUUUAUUUGGUUUUAUUUAUCCAAGAAAUCAUGUGUCCACAAAAUAGUGAUUUUUUGGAAAACCACGAAAAUUGAAUCCCACAAAAAUAAAUGAUUUCGCAGUAAUAUCCUCCUUGCCCUGUCCACAUAUAGAAUAACCCUUAUUCCUGACAUGUUUCAUAACAAAUGUAUAUACCUGCAUUUCUGAAGUAUGUUACAUUCUUCAAUUGGCUGAAACAAAUUUACAUACGAAUAUUAUUUUUACUUAAUCAUAUAUUGUAGCAAUAUCUGUGAUUCAUACAUUUUCAAUAUACUUGUUAUUAUAGAGUAAAACACUUAUGAUGAAUUCAAGGAAACUUCCAAAUUUUGGAUGCUAGUCUGUUAAUAUCGUAGAGAAUUGUAUUUAUGUCUCAUUGUAGAUUAUAAUGUCAUACGUUAUAAUUAAAGUAUUAUAUUUACCUGUACUCAGAAUGUCAAAGUUUUUAAGUCCCAUUUACAACAAAAACUUGAUGAAUCGUUUGAGUUGAGUUCUGUUUAAUUCAAUGUUUUCCAUUUCAAAUCAAUUUCAUUUUUUUUUAAAUACAUGUACUGUAUAGUCAAUUAUUUUCAUGGAUAUAAUUAUUUUAAUAUCUUGUGGUAUUUAAACAUGAUUGCAAAAAUUUUAUUUUUGAAAUAAUGAAACAUGUGUGAAAGAGAUGUCAUUUUACAUCCAGAUUGCGAUAUUUUAGGUCAGUGAAAUAUAAUUUAAAAAGAAAAUUGCGAAAAAUUUUGACCCAUUAAAAUGACCAGCUAUACCUUACAGAAAUUAAUAUUCAUAAUGAUUCUAAGUUACAAGAUGUGGUUUUGUAUUGACAGUAUAUUCAAGUUUUUGAUCAUUGUUUUAAAAUGAUUCCAAUUGUUAAAAAAAAUGAAUUCCUUUUGUCUUUCUUAAUCACAAUGUCCAAGAUGAAAAAAAGACUUUCUAGAAAUCUGGUUUACUCGAUAAAUGUGAAUAAAGACAUUG